AUGCCAGUGGUGAGCGACGUGAUUACCUUUACGAGAAUUUUGAUUGCGGAUAUAUUGUUGGCUAUCCAGAGUGUUCUCCCGUCAAGCGGCGACCUGGUAAAUGUCAUGAAUCGUGUGAACGAUUAUCUUCAGGAAUUGAUGUACUUUGCUACGGGCAUAGCCCCGACCAUUGUGGUUGCAAGAGUGGCUAUUGCACAGAUGAAAACCGAGGAAACUGGAGGUGUCUCAUACAUCGGUACUCAUGGAGUAUCAUCAAACAUCCCGGCCAAUUCUCUCUUGAACGGAGCAGGUAUUCAAGCCGAGGAGAAGCCUAAAUCCACAAAUUUGCAUUCUGAAUAG